AUGAUUAAAUCAAUUAAACACGCAAGAGCAGAUAAAACCAAAUUCAAGUAUACUAUUGACUUUAGAAGAUUGACAGACUUGCCAUCAGACUUGGUUGGAAAUGUCGUUCAAUUACAUUGGUCUCGUGGAGACCAUAAAGGUGAGAGUAAAGGAUACAGAGUACAAAAGAAAGAAAGAAAGACACCUGGAAACUCACCGACCACUGAAAGACGUGAUCAUGUAGUAUCAUUUGCAGCUACCACUCCAUCAUCAUCAUCAACAGCAACAGCCGUUUUAAAUGCAUCCAAUGCAUCGACUACUAGUGACCAAACUACUCCGCCACCUCCAACACCAUCGACAGCCGCUGAAACAUCUACCACCACAUCACCAAUCACCUCUACAGAAACUGCAUCAACAACCACAACCACAACCAUUCCAGUGGCAUCACAAUCACCACCACCAACACCGGCUGUUGAAGUGACCAAAGACACUACACUCACUAGAAAACAGGCCAAACUAUUGAUUGGCAAUUGUAUCGAUGGAGACAACAACCUUCCAAGUGGCAAUGGUUAUGUUGUCAUGAAUGAAAAGAUGGCUAUUCCAGUGACACUGUAUUCUAGUAGUUCACAUCAAGAACUUCCUGCUCCAUUUGAACAAAAACUGUUAACUAUUACUUUACUUCUCGGUCAAUUGACUCUGGCAACUGUAUCUGUAGAUUUGGCACUCCACUAUCAAGAUAAUGGAAGAGAAGUCAUUUCCAUACCUUUCCCUUCGUCAUCCUCCGUUCAACCAACUUUAAUGUUAUCAUUAAAAGCAAAAUGUAAAGAUAAAGAAAAGAAACAGAUAUUAUUAAAAUCUAAUAAUACAAAUAUUUCAAAUGGAGCUGGUGGUCAUGUAAAUCAUAAUAUGUUGAAUCCACAUUAUCAUCCAACUGCAAUUAAUUUAAAUAAUCAUAAUAAUAAUAAUAAUAAUACUUCUCAUUCUCAUUCACAUUCACAUCAUCAUCAUUCCCUUCAUAAUAAUAAUAAUAAUACUAAUAAUACAACUACAACUACCAACUCCACAAAUCCAUUAAUGGAUAAUAAUAAUAAUAUCCCAAAUAUAACAAUUGUAAAUCCAACAGGGAUCGAUAUAUCAAACCAACCAUCUUCAUUACAACAACAAGACUGUGAUACACUUACAUCUGGGUCAUUGGUUAGGGAUCCAACAACAGAAUCUUUGAUUACUUCUACUUGGUCAUCGGAUGAUGAUAGUUCAGACGAUACAUUUCACAUUAAUGAAAAGGAGUUGGCAAGAAAGACACUUGAAAUUAGAGCAUUGACAAGUAAGUUGAUUCAAUGUGAAUCACAUGUUCAAGAGACUGCCAAAGUGAUCCAACAAAAGGAUAAUGAUAUUCUCACGAUGAUUAAAAAGGUGGAACAAGCUCAAACAGCAGUACUCGAGUAUGAAGAGUCUGCUCAUCGUUCAAAAGUAAUGGAAGAGUAUGCCAAUAGAAAAAUGAUCUCCCUCAGUCAAGCUUUGGAAAGUCAAAAAAAGUUACAACAUUUUGAAUCAACUCAUCAUCUCAUUGCCACCGUUCCAGGUGACUCAUCCCAUCAACCACAUGUCCCACUACUUGAAAAGAGUCUUGAACAAAGAAUCAUGGAAUCAUUAGAAUUGAAUGAAAGACAAGAAGCACAAAUCAAAGAAAACGAACAAUUAUUGGAGAAAAAAGAGAGUGAAUUGGAAUUGUUACAACAGACAAUUGAAGAAUUGACAGAACAAAUGGAAUUGAAAAACAAAGAGAUUGAACAAGUGGUAGAAGGCAGUAAACAAUACUUUGAAACUCAACUUGGUAAAAAAGAUGAAAAGAUCAAGAAACUCAAAGAGUCUUUGGAAACUGUCAUUAGAGAAAGUAAUCACAAGGAUAUUGAAUUAAUAGAACGAGAAAAACAACAAGAAAAGUUGAGACUUGCCAAUCCACAACCUUCAUCUUCACAGUCGACUGCACAAUCAUUAUUAUGGAAUCCAAUUGUAGCUUGGUCAUUUGCUCUAUUUUGUUUUAUGAUGUUUUAUUUAAAAUCUCAAGAUUAUACUUUUACCUUCUCUAUCCAUCAAUCCAUCUUAGUUAUUUACCAAGUGGUAAGGUGCACUUAUCAUCUUAUCAACUACUUCACUUCUACUACACCCUCUCUCCUGUCAAGAUCAAUGACAUUGUAA